CUAGUGGAAAAUGUUGGGAAGAAGAAAUAUUAUUUGGUUUAGAUUAGGUGUUAUCUUAUUGCUUGGAUCAAGUGUAAAGUCAGAAUUUAUAUGUGAUCCGAACCAUUCCACUCCAAAAUUACUAAUCCCGACAGAUUUCUUGAAGAUGGUGGAAUCACAACGGGACACAUUUGUGGUUCGAAGUGAAACGAGAGGUGGUAAUUUUGUCAUAAAUUGUACCAGCAAUCAACCGGUGGAUUGGAGGUUUAAGGGAUCAAUUGGGAACACGGUAGUCAAAUCGGAGCGAUCAAUGACAUUUGAACACUUUGAUAACGAAAACGGACUUAAAGGAGGCUGUUUUUAUAGUGCCUUAAUGUUUUCAAAAAUUGAAAAUGAAAUAUCCGGCCAAUAUUUUUGCAUCGUGAAACCAUCCCUCAAUUUUAAUCCAAGUCGCCAGAAAGGCUUACAGAAGAAAAUUACUGUCCUGUCAGGCUUAUCUUUACUAACAUUACCGGAUGAAACGAGGCUGACAUACGACUUGAAUUGGCUCCUUAUCCUGACAAAGGAUCAUAGAUAUAAUGACAAACAAUACCCCUAUGAGUUACCCUGUGCUCAAAAUUCGGACGAUUCAGAGUUAUCACUUUACUCCAAAGGAGAACAGGAUUCAAGUUGGACCUUGGAAAACAUCACUCAUCGAGAUAUCGCUGUCUCCCUGACGGUCACUUUGUACGAAACGGAGCUUCCCAAAGAGUACAAAUGCGUGGCCAACAAUAUAACAAAUUCUUUGCAAAAUUCGACGAUAUACGUGAGAAUCCCGUCAUAUCCAGUGACAGUCUACUGGCCCGACGGGGAGGAUAUUGUUUACAAAGAUUUAAAUAUAUUUUACUGCAUUUCUCGGAUUCCGAUUCGAUUCGAGAAGCCAGACAAUCUCCCAACAUAUCUUACCGACACUAAGGCGGGAUUUGUCGAUUAUUAUAUCAACAUGGGUUUCAAGUACACGAAGGCUGUGAAAGUUGUGUUGAAUGAUAGCGCAACGCAUGAUGAUGAGGAGGUGGGACGUGUGACAUGUGUUGAUCAAGAUACUGACGGAAUGGAGGUCAAUUUUAGUUGGAACUAUACAAUUUCAAAUAAAGGAGGAAACAACAACAAACGGGACCGCAUAAGUUUGAACGGAGCCGAGAAGAGGGCUGAAUGUAAGACAUCUGUAGACGCCAAACUCACUGGGAUUUUGCUUAUCAAGGCAGUCAAUCAUGUGGAACUUUCGCUGAGACAAAAUUGUCUCAGGUUACCGUACAAGGAGUGGAAUUUUUGCAAUCAUCGAAUUCCUGAGCUACUCCCACAACUGGACGCUGGAGACUCCUCAUUCGUAUAUUCCCAAAUUCCAAAUGGAACUUCGGGAGCGUUUCAAUGUUUGACGCCCGAUGUGUAUAAUGAUAAUAACCACUACCAAGUAUUUUCUGAGACGGUCAGACAUCAAUUAGGAAGUGCGCAGAACAAGAAGCAGGAAUUCAUCAAAGUGAUCAAACUAUCCAAAUAUAGCGUCUGGGUGGGAGACUCGAUUCAAAUUAGUUGCCUCUCUUCUGAAAUGUAUUUUUACGGGAGUGGAAUUUGGGUUUUAAUUUGGAACAACGGUAGCCAAUCAGGGGUUCCGAAAUCAUGGAUUGUAUCCGGCAGCGUUGAAAGAGUUGGAUCAUUUUUAGAGCGACAAAGUGAAAUUAAAAUGAAUACCUUGGACAUCAUUGGGAUAACGUGUGGAGGCGUUUCUAUCAUUUAUUCAGACAAGGAGAGACGUUCUGAUAACAAUGUUCGACUCGUAUUUCCAGAAAAGGAAUAUCUUAAUUUGCGUAUUAUUGAAAAACCCUCGACAUCGACGGUGGUCCCGAUGGUAAUUGUAGUAACGGUUUCAUCAGUCGGACUACUUUUCAUCGUCAUUCUUUUCGGGUUUGGAAUUUGGUUGUGGAGAAGGCCUCCAGUAGAUAUCGUGUUCGACAAAUUAAUUAAAGACUUCUUCAACGGGUACGAGUGCCAUGCGGAGGGAGAUGAUGGGACACAGCUGUGCCAAAAUGCAGAGAGCAAACCAUACGAUAAAUCUUAUGAGAUUUCAUUAGACAACAUAGCGAUCCAUUGGGAUUCCCCCCUCGGAAGCGGGGCUUACGGGAUGGUGUUGAACGGGACUUUGCGUGGAAAACCGGAUAAUACAGCAAAAAAUAAUAAAAAUAUCAAGAAGAGCAACACCGCAAAUCUUUUCAAAAUUGCUGUAAAGACUGUAAAACCUAGUUUGGACUCGACCAGUCUGACAGCACUCUUGUCCGAAUUGAAAGUCAUGAUUUAUAUUGGAAGACAUGAAAAUAUUAUCGGUCUGAUUGGUGCAUGUACAGAGAAAUUAUGGAAUCGCGAGUUAUACCUGAUCUUGGAAUAUUGCCAACAUGGCUCCCUUCAAAAAUAUUUGCAGGACAAUCGAUCCGAUUUUAAGAAUAGUUCGACGAAACGUGUCACUAAAGAUCCUACUCAAUUGAUCAGCGAGUAUCAAAAUCAUUGGGGAGACACGUUCAAAAUAAAUUUGCACGAUUUAUUCCGCUGGAGUGUGGAAAUAGCGGCAGGAAUGAAUUAUCUUGCUGAACGAAAGGUAUUUCAUGGAGAUUUGGCGGCCAGGAAUGUCCUUCUAGAUUCUUCAUUGACAGCGAAAGUUUCUGACUUUGGACUGUCGAGAAGACUUUAUGAAAGAUAUGAAUAUGUGAAACAGUCGAAAGAGCCUUUACCUUGGCGCUGGAUGGCACCUGAGUCACUCAGGGAUUUGACGUUUUCCACUGAAAGCGACGUUUGGUCAUUUGGGAUUACACUGUGGGAAAUAUUUUCCUUGGGGCAUGUUCCGUAUUCUGGAAUUCAAUACACUUCCGGAUUCAUUGAGUCACUCGAAACAAAUUAUCGUUUAUCAAAACCUCAAUAUGCAUCGGUCAAGAUGUAUGAUUUAAUGUUGGCAUGCUGGGACAAUGAUGUAAUUGAAAGACCCGCCUUUUUCGACAUUGUGGACGGAGUAAUCAACAUGCUCAAUGAGAUAGAAUGAGGACAGACAUUUCACACAACGAUUCAAAAUCACAGACUGGUGAUCAGGGCAUAAAUAUAUAAAAUUAUGUACUUAUAAAUGUACGAAUCACAGUAGAGCUAUUACUUGCAAAGUUAUUGUAGUAGUAUUUAAAUAGAUGUUUUAUUGAUUUUUAAAUAAAGUUGUAUAACCGUUGAUUGA